AUGUCUCGAUUGGUUCCUUACUUGGUGACACUGGAACCAAAACGUAUAGCCCGUUUCAUUGGGGGUUUAGCCCCGGAGAUCAAAGUUAGUGUGAAAGCAUCUCGACCUACUACCUUUAGAUCUGUAGCUAAUUUGUCAUUAUCUCUUACCCUUGAUGCGGUCAGGCAGAGAUCGCUUAGGCAUUCUGAUGAGGGGAAGAGGAAACAUGAGGAUGAUAACUCACAUCGUUCAGAUAAGAAGUGUAAAGGGAAUUCAAAUCACAAGAAGAGUUCGGGAUUCAGAAAAGAUGGCCAACAGUCGGAUGAGAAGCCCAAAUGCAAGACCUGCAAGAAGUGCCAUAUGGGAAAGUGCAGGUAUGAAUCGAAAUCCCAAUCGCAGCCUAGGGCUUGCGGGAUCUGCAAAUCUAGUGAGCAUAAGACGUUGGACUGUAAGACGAUAAAGGAUGCGACUUGUUACAACUGUAACGAGAAGGGGCAUAUCAAGUCUAACUUCCCAAAGUAUGCCAAGAAACCUGAAGAAGGUAAAAAGACCAAUGCUCGGGUCUUUCAGAUGAACGCUCAAGAAGCGAUUCAGAAUGACAACAUAGCAGCACCAGUUGGAACAGUGGCUCUCUUGAUUUGCAGCUUGGGUGGUCUUGUUGAGACCUCUGCUUCAGAGUAG